UAUUUACCCGUUGCCAUGGUGAAUCCUGGUGCCACUGAUGAUGGCAGGGUGCACUCAAACUGAAGUUCUAAUGUGUACAGGUGUGGAUCCAGGUGCUUCUGAUUAUGCUGCUAUAACAAUGGGUCAGACUCACCUCAGAUCACCCAGAACACUUCCUCUAUUUCCCACGUCUUUUUCAGCAACUCGAAUCACGCAAUGAGUCAGUCACGUGAUUGCAGAAACAACACGGGGCCUCCUUUGGCUUUUGUCACGUGAUCAAAACCGUACGUGCUUCCGCACAGGUUUCAUUUAGACACGCCCCCUCUAUUCUAUUUUUGUGACGUCAUUCUUUUCGGCUCAAAACAUCAGAGGCGCUUCGUUCGAAGCUCAAAUCUAUAAGAAGCCAGAGAAGCAUUAACACAGCUGACAGAGUUUAAUUUUUGCAGCGUUCAAACUUUUGGAAACAUUUACAGCGUCAGUGUAUCAAAAUUGCAACAUGUCUCAGCACCCAAGACAGAGUCAUUCUGCUGACAUUGAAUCCUUCAGAAGGGCAUUAGAUUGCACGAAGAAGGAAAAUCAAGACCUGCACAAUAUCAUUAAAAAAAUGCAGGAGGAGAAAAGUCAGCUGGAGGACAAGAAUAGUCAGCUGGAGGACAAGAAUAGACAGCUGGAGGACAAGAAUAGACAGCUGGAGGACAAGAAUAGACAGCUGGAGGACAAGAAUAGACAGCUGGAGGACAAGAAUAGUCAGCUGGAGGACAAGAAUAGUCAGCUGGAGGACAAGAAUAGUCAGCUGGAGGACAAGAAUAGACAGCUGGAGGCCCAAAUUAAAAACCUCCCAGAAAUUUCCUCACAGGACCAACCAGGUCAAGAUCUGCAGUACAAGCCUGACUUGCAGGUCUUAAAUGCCGGUUGGGAGAUUCUGCUUAAACAAUCACAGCAGCAAAUCACAGGCCUGUUGGAAGGAAAGAAAAAAUUGCAACAGCGUCUCCAAAAAUUAGAGAACAUCGCUGAAGAGAAAAAACAGGUGGAAGCAUUAGCUGAUGAGAUGGCAGGCCUGUUUGAAAAAACUGAGGAAAAAAAUGAAGAUUUGCAGAAAAAGCUUGACGAAGCACUGCAAAUGAAUAGACAAAUGAUUAAAGAGAAGCAGCAACAGGAAGCCGAGCACAGGGAGAUGGCUUGCGAGCUUGAAGACGUGAAAGCAAAACACCAAGAGACACAACAGAAGCUUCAAGACGUGGAAAAAAUACACAAAGAGACGCAACACAGGCUGGAGGACAAGAAUAGACAGCUGGAGUGCCAAAUUAAAGACCUCCCAGAAAUUUCCCAACAGGACCAAACCAGUAAAGAUCUGCAGUACAAGCCUGAAUUACAGGUCUUAAAUGAAGUUUGGGAGAUUCUGCUUAACCAAUCACAGCAGCAUAUCACAGGCCUGUUGGUAGGAAAUAAAAAAUUGCAACAGCGUUUCCAAGAAUUAGAGGGCAUCGCUGAAGUGCAAAAACAAAUGGAAGAGGCAAUUAAUGAGAUCACAGGCCUGUAUGUAGAAACUGAGGAAAAAAAUAUAAAUUUGCAGAGAAAGCUUGACGAAGCACUGCAAACAAAUAGACAAAUGAUUAAAGAGAAGCAGCAACAGGAAGCCGAGCACAGGGAGAUGGCUUGCGAGCUUGAAGACGUGAAAGCAAAACACCAAGAGACACAACAGAAGCUUCAAGACGUGGAAAAAAUACACAAAGAGACGCAACACAGGCUGGAGGACAAGACCAGACAGCUGGAGGCCCAAAUUAAAGACCUCCCAGAAAUUUCCUCACAGGACCAAAGUGGUAAACAUCUGCAGUACAAGCCUGAAUUACAGGUCUUAAAUGAAGUUUGGGGACUUCUGCUUAACCAAUCACAGCAACAUAUCACAGGCCUGUUGGUAGGAAAUAAAAAAUUGCAACAGCGUUUCCAAGAAUUAGAGGGCAUCGCUGAAGAGAAAAAACAAAUGGAAGCGGCAGUUGAUGAGAUGGCAGGCCUGUAUGUAGAAACUGAGGAAAAAAAUAUAAAUUUGCAGAGAAAGCUUGACGAAGCACUGCAAACAAAUAGAGAAAUGAUAAAAGAGAAGCAACAACAGGAAGCCGAACACAGAGAGAUGAAGUGCGAGCUUGAAGACAUCAAAGCGAAGCAUGAAGAGACACAACAGAAGCUUCAAGACUUGGAAAAAAUACACAAAGAGAUGCAACACAGGCUGGAGGACAAGACCAGACAGCUGGAGGCCCAAAUUAAAGACCUCCCAGAAAUUUCCUCACAGGACCAAACUGGUAAACAUCUGCAGUACAAGCCUGAAUUACAGGUCUUAAAUGAAAUUUGGGGGCUUCUGCUUAACCAAUCACAGCAGCAUAUCACAGGCCUGUUGGUAGGAAAUAAAAAAUUGCAACAGCGUUUCCAAGAAUUAGAGGGCAUCGCUGAAGAGAAAAAACAAAUGGAAGCGGCAGUUGAUGAGAUGGCAGGCCUGUAUGUAGAAACUGAGGAAAAAAAUAUAAAUUUGCAGAGAAAGCUUGACGAAGCACUGCAAACAAAUAGAGAAAUGAUAAAAGAGAAGCAACAACAGGAAGCCGAGCACAGAGAGAUGAAGUGCGAGCUUGAAGACAUCAAAGCGAAGCAUGAAGAGACACAACAGAAGCUUCGGGAUGUGGAAGAAAGCUAUUCUUCCAAGCUUCAAGAGUUAGAAGAAAAACACAACCAGACAAAAUACAAGCUUAAAGAGCUGGAAGAAAGGUGUGAAGCAACACAACAGAAGCUUCACAAAGGUGAGGAAAAAACUAAAGGUUUGCAGGUAACUCUUGAUGGAGCACUGCAGAGAAAUGCAGAACUGCAAAGAGAGAAGGAGCAACAGGUAGAAGAGAUCAGGCAGGCAAUGAAAGCACAGGAUGAGAAAUAUAAAGAACUGAUGGAAAAGCAUGCAGAAAAGGAGAAAGGGUUUGAAGAGCUCGAGAAAAGAUGCACAAAUCUUGAAGAAGAGAAUGCACAAAUCUUCAGUGAGGUCAAAAGACUCAUCCUCCAAAACAAAGAUUUAGAGGAAUACCGCCAGAAAAAGAAGAGAAAGCAUGUCUUUUCUUUUUCCAGCUGA